GCCCAACAACAACAACAAAGAUCGCCAGUUGCAGUGUCUUCCUGCAGAGUGAAUUGCGCUGGAUAGCAACCGCUCAACUAGUCGCACCCUUCACCUCGUUCUCCGCGCCGCGACCCGGCGCAACCACCUUCGCCAUGGCAGAUUACAGUUCCAUGAAGGUGCCCGAGCUGAAAAAGUUGCUCACCGAACGGGGCCUUCCUCACACCGGCAACAAGGCCGACCUCAUUGCUCGCCUCACUGAGGACGACAAGCAGAAGGCGGCCGAUGCCGCGAAGCCGCCGGCCGACUCCAAAGCCCAGACUGCCGCCGAGGACGAGAUUGACUACGAGGACGACGACCUCCCGACAACCAAGAAGGACGCCGCGGCCGAGAAGCCUGCCGCGGCCACUACCACCACCGGCACCGCAACCACCGAAACAACCAAGGCCGAAGCCGCUCCCGCGGCGCCCAAAACCGGCGACGCCAAAUCCACCACCGAACCCGCCAGCACCGCUGAGCCCGCCGCCGCCGCCGCCGCAGCCGCCACAGCGCAAGAACCCACCACCACGACCGCCGCCACCACCGGCACCGCCGCCGCCAAGCCAGUCUUCACGCAGAACCUCCCGCCGACCGACGCCAAAACAGAAGCGGAGAAGCGCGCCGCGCGCGCCGCGCGCUUCGGCGGGAACGACGCGCAGGCGUCCGAGGAGGCCAAGAAGGCGGCGCGGGCGGCGCGCUUCGGCAUCGCCAACGACAGCGUGUCGGCGCUGGACAGCGCGCUGCCGGACCGCGCGCCGGGCCGGAAGCGCGGGCGCGCCGACGACGAGUCGGGACGCGGGAAUAAGAGGGUCAAUCGGGGUGGGCGGGGUCAGGGGCAGCGCGGUGGUCGGAGGCAGGGCGGGCGCGGGGGUGGUCAGAGGAGUGGUGGUGGUGGUGGCGGCGGCGGAGGUGGAGGUGGUGGUAGGAUUGCGGAUGACCCGGUGGAGAGGGCCAAAAUGGAGGCGCGGGCCAAGAGGUUCGCUGCUGCUGCUUGA